AUGCAAUACCUAUUAUUUGUAUUUGGUUUGACGAGUUUUUUUGGUUAUGUGUCCCCACGAACCCUUACCGAUUUGGUGUGUAAAAUCAACCCUUCCCGAUGCGAGGAUUUCAAAACUUCCGGAGGUUCUAGAAGAAAAGGGGCGGAGCCUCAUCGAGGUCACCAUCAUAUCCACGAGAGCCCCCUCGGGGCCCCAUCACUGGAAGAAUUCAGAAAAUGGAAUAAUUAUGAGGAGGAGGCGCAGGGAACCGGUUUCUUGAAACCGGCAAGUGGAAGUAAUCCGGUGCCGUAUGGACAGGGCCUCGGUGACAUUGGUAUCUACACGGGUGUCGGUGUGCAACACCCAUUUGGCGGGCUCGGAAUCGAGCGGAAUUUCGGAAUCGGAAUGGGCGGAAACGGGCGGAUCGGUGGAAUUCCAGUCGGUUGGGGGAACGGCGGGACCCGGAGUGUUGGCUCCGCCCCCUGGGCUAAUCCGUGA